AUGUUCCGGUCCCGGCUGCCUGUUUUACCAGUUGUGGGACUUCUCAUCCUCAGCUCCAACUUUCUGUUCUUGCUCAUUAUAAGGAUACCAAACAAGGGGCUAGAGGCUUUUUCCCUGCCUUGGGAAUGGCCCGGCAAUUCAGAUUCUUUAGGGGACCAUCCAAACAUCUCCAGAUUUGAAUGGAAACCUGACCUUCAGAAGACAACGAAAGCCAGGCCACUUAACCAACAGCCUCUAGCAACAGCCACUACUCAGCAUCCUUUGAAAGUUGUCUAUCCCCAUGUGUAUCCGUUUCUCAUUAAUGAGCCAAGUAAGUGUCAAGAGUGGGCCCCUUUCUUGGUCUUACUGGUGGUAAGCAAACCACAUGAUUUUACAGAAAGGCAAGCUAUUCGGCAGACAUGGGGCAACGAGAGCUCAGUCCCGGGUGUCUCCAUCAUUCGCCUCUUCCUUCUUGGUGCUGACCCGCUAUUCAGAUCUCCUCUGCAGCCCCUUUUGGAAGAGGAGAGUUCUCUCUACAGAGACAUUAUCCAGCAGGAGUUCCUGGACACCUACAACAACCUGACUCUGAAGACUCUGAUGGGCAUGGAGUGGGUAACCAGGUUCUGUCCGAAUGCCACCUACGUGAUGAAGGCAGACAGCGACAUCUUUCUCAAUGUGGGCUAUCUGGUGUCAAAGCUGCUGCAGCCCCACUUACCACCUAAGAAAGAUUACAUGACAGGGUACAUCUACAGGAACACGGGGCCGCUGCGCGACAAGGCCUACAAAUGGUACGUGCCACGAGAAGUGUAUCCCAAUGACACUUAUCCCCCCUACUGUGGAGGCCCUGGGUACGUACUGUCUGGGGAUCUGGCCAAGAAGGUCUUCCAAGUGGCUCAGACUAUCCCAGUUAUCAACAUGGAAGACUCCUUUAUGGGGAUCUGUCUAUAUACACUGGGCAUUGAGGUGACAGAGAGCCCCUGGGGUUUGUUCCAUGUAUUUAAAGUAGACUAUGAGAAGUGCAGGUUCUCUGAGUUAGUGGUGGUCCAUCACUAUAGUCCCGAGGAGCUGCUGCAGAUUUGGCCCAACUUUACAGAUCAGAACAAAAAUUGCACGAGUCAAAACUGA